CUUGACCGGUUGACUUGCCAGCUUCGUUUUCCAUUUUUGUGGCCCAUAUAUAUGUGGACUCAGGCGGUUCUUCCAAUCAUCUGGUUCUUCUAUCUCAGUUAAAUUAUCAAGGGUUUCGUAACUUUCUUCUGUUUGAUGGGAAAAACCAUACCUUUCGUGAUUUCCCUGUGUUUUAUACCCCCAGCUUUCGAAGAUUUACCGUAGAGUUUGAGGUUUUACGAUCAUUCAUCAAUGUUGGGAAGAUCAUGCUCUUUUCACUUUGAAUUGGACUCUUCUCUUCUUUUCCCAUCAUCGUGGUGGUUGAAUGUGUUAAAUUUGAUGAACAAAAGUUGUUAGAGGAUUUAGUGGCUGUACAGGGAUUACAAUUUGGAUGUAUAUAGCUAUGGUUGGCAAUUGCUUCGGUGCCUUGAAUUGUUGUAAAGGGAAGAAUGAAGCUGCUGGCCAGUCAGAUGAACAAGUGAUUGCAACUAAAACUUUUAGUUACAAUUCAAUGAGAUCAGCCACAGGAGAUUUUCAUCCAUCUACCAGAAUUGGUGGAGGAGGUUAUGGAGUUGUCUACAAGGGUGUAUUAAGAGAUGGUACUCAAGUUGCUAUCAAGUCUCUGUCUGUAGAGUCUAAACAAGGAACAAAGGAAUUUAUGACAGAAACUGAAAUUAUAUCAAAGAUACAGCAUCCAAACCUUGUGCAACUUAUUGGCUGCUGUGUUGAGGGCCACCAUCGGUUGUUGGUGUAUGAGUUUUUGGAAAACAAUAGCCUUGCAAGUUCUUUGCUUCGUUCCAAGAGCAGAUGUGUUGCUCUGGAUUGGCCAAAGAGGGCUGCUAUCUGCUGUGGUACAGCUUAUGGUCUUGAAUUUCUUCAUGAAGAGGCUCAACCAAGCAUUGUUCACAGAGAUAUCAAGGCUAGCAACAUACUGCUUGAUGGGAACUUUAAUCCUAAAAUAGGGGAUUUUGGCCUCGCAAAGCUUUUUCCUGACGAUGUCACUCAUGUUAGUACUCGAGUGGCAGGAACGGUGGGAUAUCUAGCGCCAGAAUAUGCACUUCUAGGACAACUUACAAAGAAGGCUGAUGUGUACAGUUUCGGGAUUCUCAUGCUUGAAAUAAUCAGUGGUAAAAGUAGCAGUAAAGCCGCAUUUGGAGAUAAUCUCUUGGUUCUAGUGGAAUGGGCUUGGAAGCUGAGAGAAGAAGGCAGGCUUCUGGAUAUUGUAGAUCCCGAACUAACUGCAUACGAUGAGACGCAGGUGUUGCGUUUCAUUAAGGUUGCUCUGUUCUGUACCCAAGCAUCCGCACAACACAGGCCCACCAUGAAGCAAGUAAUAAAAAUGCUCACCAAGGAUGUGCAUUUGAAUGAGAAGGCACUGACCGAACCUGGAGUUUAUAGAUGGAAUAGCUCGAAAGAGUAUGGCAAUUAUUCGUUAAAUCAGACAUCGUCUUCUCAAAUAAACAAGUACAGAAGUUCCAAAAAUCCCUACAUGACAUCAAGCCAUUAUAGUGGUGCUGAUUUGGAUACACAGAUUCUUCCUAGGUAAUUGAUUGUUUGCUUCAUAUUGAAGGAUGUUGGGUGGGCAACAUUGCAUGUAGCCUGUAAAUAUUUUACUUUAUUACUCUCCUUUAUUUUUUCCUGCUCAUAGGAUCAUUUGUAUUAGUACACCAGAGUUCUUUCAAUCCGAAGGGGUCGAUGAGAGCAUGGGAAACGAAUAAGGAGUACAAUUUCCAGUUGGCCUGUGUACAUAUACACUUUUUGUAUAAUACAUAAUAUUCAAUUCAUUUG